AUGGCAGUGGAUCUGAAGAGCGAAUCGCUUGACACAUCUUCGCCGAGCUUUCAACACAGCAAAACAGCCCGCCCUCGGUCGAAGAUAUGGAUCGCUGUUGCCACCGCAGCCUUGUACCUGACAUGGACUGGUAACCCCUUUGCGACGAAGACUCAAUUUGACCGCGUCCAGCAAUGCUCAAUAGACAACUUCCACAAGGAUCUCUAUUUCCUAGAGAAUGCCCGCCCCAUCAAAUCACAGGAAUUUCUUGACAGACGUGAUAAUCUGGCCAAAGCUUUGCAUGUUUCUGGUGUCGAUGCUUUCGUUCUUGAGCCUGGCUACACCUUCCAAUACUACGCAAACAUUUCGCAGCCACAGUGGGAGCCCUGGGAGCCGGAAGAGCGACCAUUCUUGAUGAUAGUGGAGCCCUCGGUCGACAACUCAACAGGAGGUGUAAAAGCAAAGACUAGCUUCCUCUCCCCCAGCUUCGAGGCGGGCAGAGUGAGAAUGCUUGGUAUCCCGUCAGAAGACGAGCUCGACAUCAUUACCUGGGAGGAACACUGGGACCCAUACGCCACGCUCAAGGAACAACUUUUUCCUCACAAGAACGCCACCCUCAUGGUUGAUGAGGAGAUCCGCGAUUUCCUCGUACGUGGACUUGACGCCAACGGCUUCAAGACAGUCGGGCUCGGAGGAGAAGUAGAGGCAGUCCGCCAAACCAAGACUCCUGCUGAGAUUGAGCUCCUAAGAGCUGUUAAUACUGGUAGCAUCGAAGGCAUCAGAGCAAUGCGACCAUGUCUGGAGCCUGGCUUGACCGAGAAUCAAGUCAUCGAAAUUCUCGACAACACACUCAAGACCAUCGGCUUUGAUCUCUUCUUCGACAUUGUCUUAUUUGACAGCAAUGCAGCUCUCCCGCACGGAGGCUUCGCUACUGGAGACAAAGUGCUGACUCACGAGACUAUGGUACUGAUUGACGCUGGAUAUCACUACCUUGGAUAUAGCAGUGAUAUCUGCAGAAGUUUCUUUAUUGACCCUCCCCAGGAAUCUCUCAUUCGCAGAUUACUACGUUUGUCUGGACCAGUAGAGGAGGUCACCGAGCCACAUGCCGAGAAGCUGAAAGUCUGGGACAUCGUGCUGCUGGCUCAAACUGAAGCGGGCAAGAUGUUUGUGCGGAAUGGGACAGCCGCCAGCGUCGACAUUGCUGCUCGAAACGUCAUCGAAGAUGCUGGCUACAAAGGCACAUUCACCCACAGACUGGGCCACGGCAUAGGUAUUAAGGCCCACGAGUCACCAUACCUUAAUAAGGGUAACCAUGAAACUUUGCUUCGUCCUGGAAUGACAUUUACAGCUGAGCCUGGUAUUUAUCUGGAGGGCAAAUUUGGUGUCAGACAUGAGGACAUCUAUCUUGUGAAGGAGGAUGGACAUGCCGAGGUCAUCAGUGGAAGACGCGCUGUAUCACCGUACGAGCCAUGA